AUUUUAGAUAAUUGAUGGUAUAUUACAGAAACUGCCUCGUGGAUUUCCUAUCUCUAGAUAUAUAAAAAACGGAAGCUCUUGAAUUCUACUUUUGAAUGUUCACUGGUCAACAUAAGCUCAACUUAAAUAAAUUUCUAAAAAUUUGUUUAUUCUACUUGGACCACGCGCAAGUAUUUGUGUAACAUAUAACCAAACCUCAUCUCCACUCAAACCAAACAAGAGAAAGAGAAGAGCAAGCCAUGGAACUCUUCAUCAUCUCUCUCCCACUCCUCCUCCUCCUCCUCCUUCUCCUUAUCCUCUACUCCCAAACAACCUCCAAGAAACCCUCAUCAAACCCUAACACUAACUUCAAACCAUACCCUUUCCUAGGCCAUAUCCCUCAUCUCGUUAAACAUCGCCAUGAAUCCCUUGAAUGGAUCUCCACCCUCCUCUCCGAAUCCCCCACCCACUCUUUGGUCUUCAAGGUCCCCUUCGAAUCUGAUACCUUCGUUACCUCCAACCCUGCAAACAUUGAACACAUGAUCAAGUCCAACUUCUCCAACUACCCUAAAGGCCACCAGCACAUCACCCUUCUUGAGGACUUCCUCGGCCACGGCAUCUUCAACAGCGACGGAGAUCACUGGAACUGGCAACGCAAGGCUGCCAGCUAUGAGUUUAACAAGAAGUCUCUCCGUAACUUCAUCAUCAACACAGUCAAACAAGAAAUUGUUCAUCGAUUACUUCCCUUGGCUACCAAGAAAUGCAACUCCGGUGAAGUCUUUGAUCUGCAAGAAGUGUUUGAACGCUUAUCCUUCGACAACAUCUGCAAAGUGGCCUUCGGCGAAGACCCUUGUUGUCUAACUGAUGACACUUCAAGGUCACAACUAGUUCGCGCCUUUGGUGAUGCUUCUCACAUUGCAGUGGCAAGGUUCAAUAGCACUUUGAUCCCAUUUACUUGGCGAAUCAAGAAGUUGCUGAAUCUUGGCUCUGAGAAAAGGCUCAAAGAGUGUAUCAAGAUCAUCAACAACUACGCCAUGAACAUAAUAAGGUCUCGAAGAGAAAGUGAACAAGAAGAUGAUGAUCUUUUGUCUCGCUUCGCUUCAAACAAAGAUAACAGCGACCAGCACUUGAGAGACAUAGUGAUAAGCUUCAUCGUCGCAGGGCUAGAGACGACAUCGUCAGCGUUGACAUGGUUCUUCUGGAUAUUGUCAACCAGGCCAGAUGUAGAAGAAAAGAUACUGAAAGAGCUAAGUAAGAUAAGAUCUCAAAGAAAUUCAUGCGGUGAUAAUUACGAUACCUUCAACUUUGAUGAGCUACGUGAAAUGCACUAUCUCCAUGCAGCUAUAUCAGAGUCUUUGAGGUUGUAUCCUCCGGUGCCAUUUGACUCACAGUCAUGUUUAGAAGACGAUAUAAUGCCUGAUGGAACGUUAAUCAGAAAAGGUUGGUUUGUGACUUAUUGUGCAUAUAGUGUGGGCAGAUUGAGGGAUGUUUGGGGGGAGGAUUGCAUGGAGUAUCGGCCAGAGAGGUGGUUGGAGGAUGGAGUUUUUAAGCCGGAGAAUCCGUUUAAGUUUCCGGUGUUUCAUGCAGGGCCAAGAAUGUGUUUGGGAAAGGAGAUGGCUUAUAUACAGAUGAAGUCCGCUGUUGCGUGUUUGAUCGAAAGGUUUAGGAUUGAGGCUUUGGUGGCUAAGGACAAGCAUCCGGAGAUGGUUCGUUGGCUUACUAUUAGGAUGAAAGAUGGGUUGCCUGUUCUGCUGAGAGAAAGAGAGAAGAGAGAAGGGGUCGAAUAGUAGAAACUGAAUGCCAGU